AUGGAACUCAAUGUGAACAAUAAUGCAAAUGGAGAUGAUGCUGAUGAUUCAGCUGCAUAUGCCAAAGAACAUUCCCACUCCAAAGGAAAGAAGUCUUUGGGGAAGUUUUUCAGCCGCAAAGGUCGACAAACCAUUGUUCAAAUACCAGACGAAGACACUGCUGAUGAAGUAGGACUCCAUGGAGUAGACAGUUUGCACUCCAGUAGAUCUGAUGAAGAGUGGAACGAAGCAAUACACAGAGAUGAACCAGAUGGGGAACACCAAGAAAAGCACUUUGAAUUUGAAAGAGCAGAGCCUAAAGAUGAACUUGAAAAACUAGCUUCCUUGAGUGUUGUGAAAGCAGUACGGAAAAGAUUUGGUGGUGUAAUGUCCAAGGAAAAUAAUCAGAACCCAUCAGAUAAGCCAAGAAAACAAGUUCCGGAAAAUAAAACAGCACAAAUCUCAGGUGGUUCAGAUAAGGAAAUCCUCGAGUUCCUCAAAGCCCAGACUAAAUUAAGGAGAGUUAAUCCUUCUGGCAAGAUAUCGGUCUCGGAGCAGACAAUGAACAAAGUGCCAGUGGAAAGGUCCAAACAGGUGCAAGCUGAACCAAAGUUUGUUUGUUCAACUGAUUCAGAUGACAAAGAGAGCCCAGAGUUUGUAAAAGUACAAACUAAAUUGAGGAAAGUUACUCCUCCUGAUAAGAUUGCAAUCACAGAGCAGGACCAAAUGAUGAGUCAACCCCCAGUGGAAAGCACUGAAUCCAUACAAAUCUCACCAAAGCCAACAAAGCCCAACCAAUCAACAGUAAAUCAAGCAUCCCCAACUUUUGCAGGUGUUGGACGAGUAAUGUAUCAGAUCACUGAUGCUUCUCCCAGUACCAAAAAUGUAACAACGCUAGAUACUGCAGAGCUGCAAAGGAUUAUCAUACAGCAACAGGAAGAAAUGCGACUUCUUCGUCGACAGAUGCAAGCGUCUCAGUUGCAGGCCGCUCAGAUGCAGCCCGCUCAGAUGCAGCAAGCUCAAUUGCAGGCCUCUCAGAUGCAGGCCUCUCAGUUGCAGGCCGCUCAGAUGCAGGCCUCUCAGUUGCAUGCAUCUCAGUUACAGGCUACUCAGAUACAUGCCUCUCAGUUGCAGGCCUCUCAGUUGCAGGCCGCUCAGUUGCAGGCCUCUCAGUUACAGGCCACUCAGAUACAUGCCUCACAAAUGCAGCCUUCCUCUCUUCCUAAUACCAGCCAGUCCCAACCUGGAAAUGUAGGGUCAAUGAGCGCAGCAACAGCCCCUCAUGUUCCCUCCAUGCCCUUCAUGUACUCUCAGCCUAAUAUGAUGAUGUCAGCUGUGCAGCAGCCAAUGUACUAUUUACCACAUGGGAUGCAACCCUCUGGGGCGGGGAUGCAAGGUCCUGGUGUGCAGAUGCCAGGGGUUCUUCCACUGGGCAACUUCUCAUCCUUUGCGCCUUUUCCUGUACAGGGGAUGUUACCGAUGCAGACACAACUGCCACCUAUGGGUAUGCAAGUACAAGGUAGUGUGACACAGUACCCCACCACAAGCCACUUGCCGACAAUGACCACAGCCGGGGGAUCCUUUGGCAGUACCUUAGGUAUGCCUGAGCAGAAACACAGCGAGUAG